AUGAUUGAUCUUAGUAACAAUAGUUUUCAUGGUAAAAUUCCACUAGAAAUUGGCAAGUUGUUUCGUUUGCAAUAUCUUCAACUUUUCAUUAACUCUUUUGAAGGUGAAUUUCCUGCCAUGACACAUUGUUCAGACUUGAGAGUAAUCAGCCUAGUUGAUAACAGUCUAGGAGGUAAAAUUCCUACCGAGUUGGGUUCUUUGUCCAACCUCAUUAAAUUUAGUGUUGCUAAAAAUCAUUUCACCGGACCUAUCCCACUUUCGCUUGGAAACCUUUCCAAUCUUGUCGGGCUUUCUCUAUUGCACAAUAAUCUAGAGGGAAGCAUUCCAUUCGAACUUGCUCAACUCUCAAAGUUGCAAAUUCUUAUUCUGGGCUUUAACAAUUUUUCUAGUAUGGUUCCUGCAUCUCUUUACAAUAUCUCAUCCAUCACUUACUUUUCUGUAAAUGACAACCAAUUGCACGGAAGCUUUCCCUCCAAUUUGGGCUUGACCCUUCCAAAACUAAAAGCUUUUCAUAUUGGAAGCAAUCAAUUCUAUGGGCCUAUUCACUCCUUGAUAGCCAAUGCUUCGAAACUUGUAGAAAUUGAGACUAGCCAAAAUUCUUUUACUGGUCCUCUACCAAUGAAUUUUGGAACCCUUUAUGAGCUACAAAAGCUAAAUAGUCACACUAAUAGACUAGGAACAGGAGAUAGGAAGGGCAAUGAGUUGAUGGACUUUCUCACUUCUUUAUCUAAUUGUUCCAACCUACUAUGGUUGGACAUGGGUAUAAAAUAA